AUGGAAGAGAAAAAGAAAGAAGAGGAGAAGAGGAAAAGGGAGGCGGAGGAAAAGAAGAAAAAAGAGGAGGAGGAUAAACGCAAAAAGAGAGAGGCAGAAGAGAAGAAGAAGAAGGAAGAGGCGGAGAAAUCAAAGAAACUUGGCUUUAAGGAAAAGAAUGAGCCUUCCAAGCAGAACGGAGCCAUUUUUGAGAAUAAAUUGAAGAAAACAGAAAAACCAUCAAGGGACAGUGUUCUUGCCACUAAGGCAGAAGACGAGGAGCGAAGGGAGGCCGAGCGGAAGCUGCUGGAGCUGAAACAGCGGCGAAACAAUGCUGAAAGUGAGGAGAUCGAGAAGAUGAGGCAGAAGCAGCAGGAUGCAGAGGCUGAGCUGGAGGAGUUGAAGAGGAAGAGGGAGGAGAGGAGGAAAAUCCUGGAGGAGGAGGAGAAGCAGAGGAAGAAGGAGCAAGAGGAAAAGAAAGCCAGGGAGCAGGAGGAGAGAAGGAGGAUGAGGGAAGAGAUAGAGAGAAGAAGAGCAGAGGCUGCAGAAAAGAAGAAACAAAUGGGGGAGGAAACAGCAAAACCUGAUUUCACCAUCAGUCCCAAAGGCUCCUCUAAGAUCGGGGAAAAGGCCGAAUUUUUGAGCAAGUCAGCUCAAAAAAGCCCAGCCAGAGUAUCACAUACUCCCUUUGUGCCUAAGAUUGGGAGCAAAUUGGAACAGUUUACAUCCGCCGUUCAGGGAAACAAAGAGGUAAAAUCCCCCAAGUCUCCUUUGGCUGAUAUUCCUACAGGAGGCACGCGCAACAUCAAAAGCAUGUGGGAGAAAGGCAGCGUGAGCAGCCCUCCUGAAAGCCCAGCUCCUGAAAACAAGGAAGUGACUGGCAUCAAAGGAAGUGUGACAGGACGGAAGGGAAAGCCUGCAGAAGCAGAGAAGACACCAGCUCCUGCUCCAUCUCCAGCUCCGGCUGCAAAAUCACCAGCAGCAGCUGCAAAGCCAGCAGAAACCAAACCAGGUGAAGUUGGUAAGCGGGGCAUGUGGGAAACCAAGAGAGCCUCUACACCUGCCAAGGUGGCGGUUGGAGGAAAAAGCAAGUUUAAUUAGAAAGUCUCAAACUGCUUAAAAAAACAACAACCAAUGACUUCAUGGUAAAGUUGCUUCCUGACGGAAAAGGUUUCUGCUCUCCUUCGUGCCCCUUUACCCUUCACAGCACUUCAAGCUCCCAGCACAAUGAAAACAGAGGAUCUCAGCUGCUCAUCUUCAGCAACAGCUACCCAUCUGCUCUCUGUUGAAUGAUACACCCUGUACUGCUAUAUGUUGGAUCACCUUCAACGCUAACCGAAAAGCUAAAAAGAUUACACCUGAUUUUAUUUAAAUCUGGAUCUCCAUGGCUGUUGGAUAAGACUUAUAAACAUUUAUUAAAUCGAUUAUAAUCCAAUGUAAAAGUGUUACGAUUAAAAUAUACAAUUACGAUAACUAAAAUGCAUCUGAACAAUGAUUAGUCGACAAAAAAAAUAAGUGAUUUAAGCAACCUCUAAUUGCCUACAGACCAACAGACGGUUCCAAUAGUGCUAUAACGAUGACACAGGGCGGGUUAACUAAAUUAUUAUCUAUAAACCCAUCUUGAUAGUAAUUCUUUUGUUGUAUAUUGGAAAUAACAGAGGUAACUAUGCUAUGCAAAAUUUGGUUUGGCUCAAGUUUUAAAAUCAAGUCAGUGAGACAGUGAAGAAAAUAUUUGUUGGCUGCAUAUUUUUAAAUGAUUCAGUUUCUUUUAUGUCACAUUUCUAUGCUUUAUAUUAGUCAGUCAGUCAAAA